AUGGCCAGCUCCUCCGGCGACCUCACCAACGGCGGCGGCGGCGGCGGCGGAUAUAUGGUACACAGCGGCAGCGGCGCCACCGCCAGCGCCCCGACGACGACGACGAAGACGAAGCCUCUGACCAUGUUCUACAACGGCGGCGUCGCCGUGUUCCAUCUCCCGCAAGACAAGGCGGAGGUUGUCAUGAACAUGGCGGCUGGUGAGGACGGCAGAGACGACGACGGCGGCCGCCAGCGGCGGCCAAACCACGGCGACGAGUUGCUCGCCAAGUUCAGGCAAGAGACGAUGCCCACGGCAAGCAAGAGAUCUUUGCAGCGCUUCUUCCAGAAGCGCAAGGAGAGCUUAGGGAAUGUUUUACCUGUAUUGUUCAUGGUAAACUCAGAGUUUCCAUCUACUGCCUGGAAACGUGAACUUGUUUCAGUUCCAUCUUUAGUGUCAACCAAUUUCUUGUACAGAGGGACAACAGCACUAUUCCGAAGUGAAUUAUGGGUGGGUUCAGCUGCUGCCUCAUAUACUGCAACAUUCCAAAGGCUUGAGUCUAGGCCAAACAACCCAGCCCAAGGGGUUGCUCCACUGGGAUCCACUAAUCCAAGUGUCAACAUAAAUGACAAUUCACUCUCUGAAACUUAUCACUUUGUUUCUAGACCACCUCCAUAUGAUACUGAUCCUAGAUAUGCCCGUGUUCAAAGAGAGGGAUUAGUCUCCAGGCGUGAGAAAUCCAUAAAUCUUGCACAAGAAGAGUCACUAGCCCUUAGACGAAAUGGCAGCAGCUCUGGUAUUGAGCAUUUAGCUGCUCAGAAGAAACGCAGCAGCACUGAAAAUGAGGGUGAAUAUAAGGUCCAUCGUUCUGAAUCAACUAAGAGUUUGUCUGCAAAAGCUUAUAGUAGCAGCUAUGCAGUUGUCGCUUCAGAAGAUGAGGAUAUCUGCCCUACUUGUCUGGAAGGUUUGUGUUCAAAUAGAUUUACCUAA